AUGCGGAGAUGCCGCGAGAGGCGAGAUGCGCUCCUGUCUGCUGCACAGUCCAGCUCCGCACGGCACGGCAGCUCAGCCCAGCUCUCACUCGCGGCCGACCAGCCAAUCGGCCAUGGACAGCCAGCCGCAUCGGCCAUGUCACUGGGCCCCACUUGCCUAAUUUCUCUUAGGGCCCGAUGGGCCAACGGCCCACGCCGCUCGCUCUUUCCUUCCCUUUCAUAUUUUUUCCCCUUUUCCUUCGUGUUUGGCGCCGCGGCGAGGAGGCGAAGGGAUGGAUGCGGCGGGGCGGCCAUCGCCGGUGGCGAGGAUGGCAUUGCAGGUUCAGGGAGGCCGAUCUCGCGCACGCGGGGGUUGCCAGGCCUCAAGUCGAAGGCUCACUCGGGGCACGCUGCUAUUGCCCCGCCGUGGCGCCGACCGGGGGGAGGCGUCAGACGUGUGGAUGCCUGGUCGCCCGCCCGCCCACGCAUCUCAACUGCCUUCCGGCGCUUUCUCUUCCCUGCGCGCGUCUUGGUCAGAGACAGGCAGAUGCAGGUGCGCGUGCUCAAGGCAACAUUUCCUUCUACCAUUGGCCGACUCCUUGUGCCAUCCGGCCUAACUCUUGUGAUGCUCAAAGUGGAUAGAAUAUGGUCAAUUUGCUUACCAGACAUGGUUGGUGCAGAGGAAAUAUUGGGCAAUUCACUGCAAUUUGCUUCAGAUGAACUAUUGAGUCAGUCAUCAGAGAAUGCUUUGAAGGCAAUGCUGUUUCUGGAGUUUCUAUCUCUUCUUUCCCCUGAAAAAUUAUCCAGUACCUAUGAUUGUAUCCAUGCAAACUACUUUGGUUUGGGCAUUCCACAAGAAUUCAGUCUUUCACUGGCAACCUACCUUGAGAGCCAUCAGCUGUUGCUUGGUUCGAACUCCUAUGUGAGACGGCAUUUGGCUGACAACUCAAUUGGAGAUGCUCCUUCUAUGGCUCCAGAUUUUGCGCCGUCCAUGUCCUCUGGCGAUGAAGUGAAGUUUCCUCAAUCUGUUACAGAAACACCAUAUGCGCCUUCCAGCUCUCACAACAAUGAAAAUCCCAACCAACCUCAUCACAGUAAACCUGCACAGAAGCAUCGGGGAGUGCCUCCAGUUUCACUUCUGGAGAAGCAUAAAGACUAUGUUAGAUUAGUCUUGAUCGUGGUUCUUCCCACAGUGGCAUUCUCGUUCAUUGCUGCAUUUCUAAUUUUCUACUGCUGUGGAUGCAACAAGAACAAGGUCUCUGUCAGUGAGCAACGAGAUGAUCAUCCUCUUCUUCACAUGCAGUUGGCUAAUGUGCCUGGUUCAUCACCCGAUGCCCGUGUUCCUGCCAGUCCACUUCACAAGGGUAAUCGAAGUCAUUCUGGAGUCAGCAUGAGUCAGUGCUUUUCAUGCUGUUUUAAAAGAUCAAUUGAUGCCACACCACCUUCAGAAGUGAUUGGAGGAGCACCAGAGAAUAAUGUCACAAGUGAUGCUCUUAAACCGAUGCCGCCUCCACCUCCUCCACCUUUGCCACCUCCGAUCAAGAAGGCUCCUCCUCCCCCACCUGGACCUCCCAAAGGAUCAUCUGCCGGCGAGCAGACCAGUGAAUCAUCUGAAGCAGAAGUUAAUGCUCCAAGAGCCAAGCUUCGACCUUUCUAUUGGGACAAAGUUCUUGCUAAUCCUGAUCAGUCAAUGGCAUGGCAUGAUAUCAAAUUUGGUUCUUUUCAUGUCAAUGAGGAUAUGAUAGAGGAAUUGUUUGGUUAUAGUGGUGGCAACGGAAAUAACCUCAAGGAUAAGGAACUCCCCUCUGCGGAUCCUGCAUCUCAGCACAUUUCUCUUCUCAAUGUUAAGAAAUCCUGCAACCUGGCAGUUGUUUUUAAGGCAAUGAAUAUCAGCGUACAAGACAUUCAUGACGCUCUUAUUGAAGGGAAUGAACUUCCUAGGGUGCUUCUUGAGACAAUCUUGAGAAUGAAGCCAACUGAUGAGGAGGAGCAGAAGCUCAGGCUUUAUAACGGGGAUUUCUCACAGCUAGGCCUUGCAGAACAAGUGAUGAAGGCGCUAAUUGACACUCCUUUUGCUUUCAAGAGAGUUGACACGUUGCUUUUCAUGUCCUCCUUGCAAGAAGAUGCUUCAAGUCUCAGGGAUUCAUUCCACCAAUUGGAGGCUGCUUGUGGGGAACUAAAGCACCGCCUUUUUCUGAAGUUGCUAGAAGCUGUUCUCAAAACUGGAAACCGUUUGAAUGAUGGGACCUUCCGUGGUGGUGCUAAUGCAUUCAAGCUUGACACUCUUCUGAAGUUAUCAGAUGUCAAGGGUGCUGAUGGAAAGACCACAUUGCUGCACUUUGUUGUUCAAGAGAUUAUUCGGUCUGAAGGUGUCCGUGAAGCAAGGUUAGCCAUGGAAAGUGGAAGAAGUCCAACUCGUAGUACUUCAGACGUCAAUUCCAACAGAUCUCUUGAAGAGGAUGGUGAUUACUACUCCAACCGUGGCCUUAGCAUUGUGUCAGGACUUAGUAGUGAGAUGGACAAUGUCAAGAGGGUAGCUGCACUAGAUGCUGAACCUUUGUUUGCCACUGUGGUAACCCUCAGACAAGAGUUACUGAAAUCAAAGGAGUUCCUGAAUGAAAUUGCAACAAUAGAAGAGACGAGUGGAUUCCGACACUCAUUGGAAUGUUUUGUGGAACAUGCAGAUAAUGAGACAAAUUUUUUGAUGAAAGAAGAGAAGAGAUUGAGAUCAUUAGUGAAGAAAACAAUCCGAUAUUUCCAUGGAAAUGACUCUAAAGAUGACGGUUUCCGGUUGUUUGUGAUUGUAAGAGAUUUCUUGGUGAUGCUAGAUAAGGCAUGCAAGGAAGUUGGGGCAUCACAGAAGAAGGGUACAGAUAAAUCACGAAGCAGUGGCAAUGGCAACCCUACGUUCCCGUCAAUCCUACAGGAGCAACAGUUCCCUGCUGUUAUUGAUGGCCAUUCAGAUAGUUCACAUUCUAACGACUGA